UAAUGUAAACAAACGAGUAUGCAGUGAUAUUGCUAGAUAGGGCACUUCUUUUUAUAGCUAGAUAACCAAUUUAAUAAUAGCUUUAAGUACCGUACAUCAAAGACUGACUACACUCUGUUUUCUUUGCUUGUACAUUUUACCAGACGGACUGAGCUGCAUCUGUCAACCGCUGUGGCUUCCUAGUUAGCGUUAACCUAUGACGUUAACAUUACUCUCCCUCAAUGAUAACGUUAGCAUCAAGGGUAACAUAGUUAGCAACAGGGAGUAUUAACAUCAUAAUAGCCAACUACUUAAGAUAAAUUACGUGUAGGACGUUAACGCUCAUGCUAGCUACUGCUUGAUUAGGUUAUGUCGAAAACUAGCUAGCCUGGCUACGCAGCAUGUUAGCUAGCGACUAUAUACAAGGUUUGAUAGUUGUAGCUAACGUUAACGUCAGCUAUUUUCUAAACGCUUGAAACAACGUCCUUCAAUUUUAUUAACGCCCUGUAUAUAGUGCCAGUAAUUAUCUAGCUAGCUAGGUAGUAUGUACCUUCAUAAUAUAUAGCUCUUGCUGCAGUUCUUGUAUGUGGGGGGUGUGGCGCAGUGGAGAGGCGUGUAUGAUGGGAGUGUCGUAUUUGCACGCCUCUUUUGACGUCGUCUAGUAAAACGAUCCAAUUACGUAGUUAACCGAACAAGAGAAAGUAACCUCAGUAACUGGACACCUCAGGUCUGUUAUUGUUUUUUGGUCAGCAUAACUUAAUCACGCCAUGCGUUAUCAAUAACAUACGCAAGGGGCUUUGCAUUUUAACGUCGCAAAUGGGAGAUUCUGGAAAUCCUUUGAGCAAAUGACCUCUCCAGAAAUUGCCUCCUUGUCCUGGGGACACAUGAAGGUUAAGGGUUGCUCAUCAUCGUACAAGGACUGCAAAGUUUGGCCUGGAGGCAGUCGUACCUGGGACUGGAGGGAAACUGGUACUAAUCAUCAUCCAGGAGUGCAGCCAGCGGACCUAGAAGAAGUCUUGAAGAAAGGGGUGAACACGCUAGUGAUUGGGAGAGGGAUGAACGAGGCCUUAGAGGUGCCCUCUUCUACCCUGGAAUAUGUGAAGAAGCAGGGUGUGGAGGUGACGGUGUUUCAGACAGAGAAGGCUGUUCAGAAAUACAAUGCUCUGGUUGCACAGGGAGUGAAGGUGGGAGGUGUGUUCCACUCUACGUGUUGAUGUCAUCAACAGUGUAACAGCCAUAAGUCUCAGCAAAACUAACCUCCAAUGCAACAUUUGGCACUUGUUCUUCUGCUGGUUUUGUCAUGACUAUGAUGAAUCCAAUGGACAAGGAGAUGUAUGAGAUGUACACUAAGUUCAACCUUGUUGAAAAAAAAAAAAGAAAAAAAAAAAAAAAUGCACUUAUGAUGACAACUAUGUUUACAACAGCAUUUCAUGUGUAUUUUGCUAGUUUCUGGAUGUUAUGCUUUGACUUAUGGUAGAACCUAUGCACUUGUAAAUCGCUUUGGAUUAAAAGCGUCUGCCAAAUGACUAAAAUGUAAAUGUAAAAUGUAAGUAAUUUCUGAAAUUUUUGGAAAUAUUUGUUCCUAUCAUUGCCAAAUAGACACAACAGUUUGUUGUGACAGCUUGCCGUUGAUUACUACGUUUAACAUGUCCUUUGGGUUCCCUUUCUAACAUAAAAAAAAAAAAUCAAAUAAAGAAAUCAAGCAUUUAA